CACAUAUAAUCAUACGCAUAUUCCAUAAUGGCCUCGAUCACUCUUGAGGAGCUCCACGCAUAUCAUGCCAUUGAUCGCUCGGUGUUCUCUCGACUGGUAAUAACACUUAGAAGGGAUCCAGCUGAAUCUCUGUUAGUUAUGGCGAUGUGGUUAUGGUUAGAAGAGAAGGGUUAUCCCAACAUAAUAGCCAAAAUGGUGAACCUAUCAGAUCCAUUGCUGGAAGCACUAGCCGGUGAAGCGGUUUCGUGUUUGAAUUGUCUCGGAUCCAAGAAUCCUACCAUUCCACCUAAUGGCAUUCUCCCUCUUACUACAAGAAUCAUGGAGAAAGAUGUUUCCUUGCACAUGUUCUAUCAAAACAAAUUCAGUACCAUCAGUGGGAUCAAAAGUUUUAUGACCACUGUUUGUUCUCGGAUUUUUACUGAUAUCUUGCAACAUGUGGUGGGGAGCACAUCACGAGUGAUUCCAAACCAGCCUCUUGUCAUCCCUGGUUUCCCUCACUCAUUAUUUGGCAGCGUCACUAUAGUGCCAAGAGCCAUGGACCAUGAUUUUCCUAUUGGGGGCUUAUGGGGAUGGAAUCCUUCCAACAACGUUUCCGAGGACGAUCGGACCUUGUUUCUGACGUUCUCGCGGGGUUUUCCGGUUUCGGAAGAUGAAAUAAGAGAACUGUUCACAAAUAUAGGCGUUUGUGUUGAUAGUGUACGUAUGCAGGAUAAUGUCCCCUAUGGUGAACAACCUUUGUUUGCUAAAAUGGUGCUACGAUCCGUUGCGAAUGUCGAUCAAAUUUUGAGCGGGAGGCCCAUAGCUAAGUUCCGGAUCAACGGUAAACACAUAUGGGCACGGAAGUAUGAACGAAGAGAGUAGAUACACCGAGGAAGCCUGAUGUUAGAACUUUUAUAGAUAAUACAUAUACAUUUGUCUUGCCGCAAACCUUUAGUACUUAAAAGCUUGUCUUCUAUGCACUGAUAUUCAUAAAUAUUUGCCAAGUAUGUAUUACUU